AAUCAUUGUAUUUGACUGAUGAUGAGGUGAGGGACAGCACCAUUUCGUCGCUUUUCUUUCUUCUUUCGUUGCUUCUUCCUUUCGGGGUCACUGAGACCAAGUAACCACAAGAGACGUCACCCAUUUCGAUCAUUAACAACCCCAAUGAGCAACGAAUACGAUUACCUGUUCAAGCUUCUGCUGAUCGGGGACUCCUCGGUUGGAAAAUCUUGCUUGCUUCUCAGAUUUGCAGAUGACUCGUAUGUGGACAGCUACAUAAGCACCAUUGGAGUUGAUUUCAAAAUCAGAACUGUGGAGCUAGAAGGAAAAACAGUCAAGCUGCAGAUUUGGGAUACUGCUGGACAGGAGAGAUUUAGAACCAUAACAAGUAGUUAUUACAGGGGAGCUCAUGGAAUAAUUAUUGUGUAUGAUGUUACUGAGAUGGAGAGCUUCAACAAUGUCAAGCAGUGGUUGAAUGAAAUUGAUAGAUAUGCCAAUGACAGCGUAUGCAAGCUUCUUGUUGGAAAUAAAUGCGAUCUGGUUGAUAAUAAGGUUGUUGACACGCAAACUGCUAAGGCAUUUGCUGAUGAACUUGGUAUCCCUUUCCUUGAGACAAGUGCUAAAGACUCAAUCAAUGUGGAGCAGGCUUUCUUAACCAUGACGGCUGAGAUUAAAAAGAAAAUGGGAAGCCAACCAACAACAGGUGGCAAGUCAACAGGAACUGUUGAAAUGAAGGGACAACCAAUUCAGCAGAAGAGCAACUGUUGUGGUUAAUUUACACAACAUGUGUAUUUUCUGCUUCCUGUGAAAUGAUGUCAAUAUAAUAUAACCUGUUGUUGACUCUCUUGAUACGGAUCAUUUCCUCUGUAACUGUUGGAAGUAUGGUCUGUUUUGAUAGCCUUUUCAGAAGACUUAGUUCUGAUGAAUCCUUAAAUUUAUAAUUAAAUCUAAGUAUUUUCUUGCA